AUGAACUACAUGCUUCAGCAACAACAACAGCAACAGCUGGUUGGCUCUCAGCCCAACAUCGGAGGCAUUAAACUUACUCCCCAACAGCUUUUCCAACAGCAGCAACAGCAACAACAGCAACAACAGUUGCUAUUAAGUACCUUGAAUAACAACAGCAAUACUGCUAAUAAUAACAGCAACAGCGUCUCUGUCACCACCACCACAAACAGCAACAACAAUAACAACAAUAAUCUCAAUAUCACUGGCAACAAUGCGAAUAAUCAAAAUUUAAAUGCCCAGCCAGUAAACAUCAAUCUUAGCAGUUUGAAUAGUAUCAACAAUUCUAACUUGUUGGGACAACAGAGGCAGCUACAUAUUCAGCAGUUGCAAGAUCAGUUUAGACAACAACAACAGCAGCAGCAUAUGAUACAAUUACUUCAGAACCAACAACAAAAUACUCAGUCUUUAUCGUCUGUUUCUAACUCAAUCAAUACCCCUAUCACUUCUAUUAACACUCCUAUUGUGAAUUCAAUUAAUAGUCAAAUUAAUCCGAUUGAUCAGCUUAAUCAAGUUAAUCCUCAGUCGCACAUCCUUAAUGAUUCCAAUACCACACAUGCUACUGGGACCACUAACCCUGAGGCUGAUAAUAAUAACGAUAACGAUCUUGACGAUAUUGCCAAUAAAAAUACUUCUCUGAAAGUUUCAUUUUCUAUAAAGGAUGUUUGGGAUAACAAUUUAAAUGAGGAAAUUACAAUAAUUCGAGAAUUAUUGUUUGGUUUUCCAUACAUCAGUAUAUCUUGCGAAUUUCCUGGUGUCAUUGCCAGACCCGUUGGUAAAUUUAAUACUCAAACUAACUACCAUUAUCAAACUUUGAGAGUUAAUUCAGAUCUAUUAAGUUUAAUUCAAUUGUCAAUAACUUUAUCUAAUGACCUUGGUUUAACUCCGAAUAAUUUUAAUUCUAAUCUACCAAGCACAUGGCAAUUUAACUUCAAGUUUGAUGUUAAAAAUGAAAUGUUUGGAAUUAAUUCAAUCAACGAUUUACAUAAUUCAGGUAUUGAUUUCAAUAAAUUAAAUAAAUCCGGUAUUGAUUAUUUCAAAUUUGCCGAGAUUUUCUUUUCAUCUGGCUUAAUUUUACAACAUCAAGAUGGUUUAAAAUUAAAAUGGCUAAGUUUUAAUGCAGGCUAUGAUUUAGGUUUUCUUUUUAAAUUGUUAUCUAACCAAAAAAUGCCCAUACAGCAAAUUGAUUUUAUUAAUCUUUUGAAAAAAUAUUUUCCUGAAUUUUAUGAUAUUAAGUAUAUUGCAAUGAGAAAUAAUAUUAAUGUCAAUAAUAUCAAUGUCAACCCCAACAACAGCACCAAUAACACCAACACUAACAGCAAUACUGCUACUAAUAUUAAUACUAAUAACAACAGCAAUACAAACGGCAACAGUAAUAACAAUAGCAAUAAUGCUAAUAAUAACUCUAAUACCAAUAACAAUGCCAAUACAGCUGGAAAUAAUAAUAUCAAUAGCAAUGGCAAUGGCAAUGGCAAUGGCAAUGGCAAUGGUAAUGGCAAUGGUAACGAAAUUAGCAACAAUAAAAAUACUGAUUUCAAUUAUGCAAAUUUUAAGCUUCAUCAUUUGGCAGAUUAUUUGGGUAUUAAUUCAGAAGUGAUAUUUAGUAAUCUUUCUGAGAAUUCUCCAAACUUGUUGAAUACUAAAGAAUUAUACCAGUCUGGGUUCCAAUCAAUUUUGACCUCGAUUUGUUUUUUUGAGUUUAAAAAUCUCUUGUCAAUUCAUAAUAACAAAGGAGCUGCAAAUGAUUCCAAGAACACAAAAACCGAAGAUGAUGAGCCUGAGAGUUUGAAGUCACUUCAAAAUAUUAUUUGGGCAAUUGAUAAGGGCUAUGAUGACGUGAAUCUUAACGAGUUGUUUGGCAUUAAUAAGAACAAAAUCGGCUUAAAUUUGACUAACAAUAAUAGCAAAAACAACAACAAUAAUAACAACAAUAGCAAUAAUAGUAAUAAUAUCAAUAAAAACAAUGAAAAUGGUAAUGAUGAGAACGUUUCAAAUAUUAAUUUGUUAGCAGGGCUCGAGAUUAGUAAUGCUAUAAAUGGAAUUUCUCAAACUCCAAUUAUGAGUAUGAAUGGGUUGAAUACAUUAUCACCUUGCAAUUUAACUAGUACACUUAAUGGAACUACAUAUUAUGGCUAUUGAAAUUAUAAGUAAAAAAAAUAAACAGAAACAACAGAAAAUUAGUUUUAUUGCUCUUAAUAGUCAUAAAUGGGUCACAAUUUUUAUAAUUACAAUAAUUUUCAGUUUUUAGAUUAUUUUUUUCCUAGUUAGUUUGUUUUGUUUUUCGAUUGAGCAGCAAUUGUAUUAUUUAGUUGUGAAUUUAUUUAUUUUAAGCUUGUUUUUUUUAUUGUUUUCUAAAUAAAUAGUGGAUAAUACACAAUCAGAAGCUGU